AUGUCAAAAUACAAGCAAGAACUUGAUUUCUUCCCCCUCCCCUUUUCUUUUCUGUAUUCCUUAGUAGCUGGAGAUGGAGAAAAAGAUGCGCUGCUCCAUUGCAACUUGCAGGUUUACACAUACACCUGUGACGUGGGCAAAAGAGAAAAUGUCUACUCAACAGCUGAGAGGGUCCGCAAAGAGGUUGGCGAGGUGUCUGUCCUGGUUAACAAUGCUGGUGUGGUCUCCGGGCACCAUCUUCUGGAGUGUCCUGAUGAGCUUAUUGAGAGGACCAUGAUGGUUAACUGUCACGCACACUUCUGGACCACUAAAGCAUUCCUUCCCAAGAUGCUGGAAAUGAAUCACGGACACAUCGUGACAGUUGCAAGUUCCUUGGGAUUGUUCAGUACUGCUGGAGUGGAGGAUUAUUGUGCAAGCAAAUUUGGAGCUGUAGGUUUCCAUGAGUCUUUGAGCCAUGAAUUGAAGGCUGCUGAGAAGGAUGGAAUCAAAACAACUUUAGUCUGUCCUUAUCUUGUAGAUACAGGAAUGUUCAGAGGGUGUAGGAUCAGAAAAGAAAUUGAGCCUUUCCUUCCACCCUUGAAGCCAGAAUACUGUGUGAAGCAGGCUAUGAGAGCUAUCCUUACAGACCAGCCAAUGAUCUGCACACCUCGCCUCAUGUAUAUGGUCACCUUCAUGAAAAGUAUUCUGCCCUUUGAAGCAGUUGUAUGCAUGUACCGGUUUUUAGGAGCAGACAAGUGUAUGUACCCUUUCAUCGCUCAAAGGAAACAGGCUACAAACAACAAUGAAGCAAAAAAUGGAAUUUAACACUGUUUUGGAUGGACUAACAUUUAGAGGUGAAUACGAUAAUGUUACCUGACUGAAUUGCGAAGUGCACUUGCAUCUAACAGAUGCAAAUGUCAUCAUCUUACUGUGGCAUUCUCUUGGGUCCUAAACCUGUGUACUGAACUCUAAAAAACAAAUUUUUUUUAUAUACUGUAAAUAAAACUGACUAGAGUGCUUGGAAAAUGUGAUAGGUAAGCAAAGUGAAUUUACAAUGUAGCUGCCACCGUUGUCCUUUAGAAUAUCACUGUAUGUACAGUAAAACUAGUCAUACUACUUCUUGUAGGGAUGCACUGUGUGAUAUCUCUUCCUCAGCCAGCCAAGAUUUAUAAGAGCUGUCUCCAAC